UCGGCGACAUGGUCGUGUCGAUGGAACAGUACGAGAACCUGUUCGCUCCGCACAUCGCCCGGAAGGCCGCCACCGACCCCGAGAUGCUGUGGCAGAAGGAAAUGGGGUAUCCGGUCGUGCCCUACAACAUCAGCGGUGAAGGCAUUGGUGCUGAUAACGAAGAGGAAACAUCGAGUCCUGCCCAUCCAGAGAAACAAUGAAGACCUGGCUCCUGCUAGAACUGACUUGGGACUCCUAGAAGGUCGUCCACGAUCAUGUCUCAUGGCCCUGACCAGCAACGAUUCUACGACUUGUCUCUCAAUUAAUACAAGUGGCCUUUCACUCUUCUAACAAUUUUUUUUUUAAUUUACAAUUUUGUCUGUGGGCCUAUAAAGUGACUUUGUAAAAUUGUCACAUUUCAGUCUUUUAAGAUGUCAGCAGCAAGCUUAAGCUUACAGUUUGAUUAAAAUAGAGACGAGACAUCAUAUAUUACUUUGGAUUUUAGCCUUGAGAUAAUUGACAUUCACACCAGGGAUGAAACUGCUACGCUCAGGUCCAUGCUCAGUGGUUUUUGACCCCACAAGCAGAGAGUAGUCCUCAUUACUCAUGCAUGGAGAACAAUUUCGUCCCAAAGGAUAUGCAAACAGUUCAGGCGUAGGAGGUCAGAGGGGCGGGGGAGGAACUAGGGCAGUCUCACACUAUAAUUAAAUGUAUACUAUGAGUCUAGUUCUUGUCUAACUAAGGGAAUGGGAGAGGGUCAGGGAUGUGGGAUUCGAGGCCUCAAGCUGUCUGAAAAUAUAAUCUAUUCUGUUAGACGUUCAUCUAGUUCUCUUUCCAUAGGAAAGCUAGCAAGGGACGAAUUCCUGAAAGCCGUCAUGGACGGGAUGCAGCACUGGGAGAACAACACCUGUGUCAGGUUCCGUCAAGUCACAGGGAAUGACCGAUCCUACAUCAAUUUCUUCGUGGGCGACGGGUGCUGGUCCCGUAUAGGACGCAGGAUAGACAACAAACCACAGGAUAUUUCGCUGGGCCGAGGAUGUCAGUUUAUGGGGACGGCCGCCCACGAGAUAGGUCACGCCCUGGGUCUCCUGCACGAGCACAUGCGCACAGACAGGGACGAGUACAUCCAGGUCAUCGAGAAGAACAUCCAGAGGGGAAACGAACACAACUUCUACAAGGAGACCAGCAAGUAUUACAGCAACUUCGACGUCCAGUACGACUACACGUCGCUCAUGCACUACACGGGCGAGGCCUUCAGCAGGAAUGGCGGACUGACGAUUCUCAGCGACGAUCCCCUCAAGCAAGGAAUGCUGGGAAGGAACCGCGUGAUGUCACACCGAGAUCGCAUCAUAGUCAACAAAAUGUACGGGUGCAUCAGUAUGUGGCUCGACUUCUGUGCACUGGUUAGAGAUCCCUGCCGUAAUGAGGGCUACACUGGGCCAAACUGUGCGUGUGUCUGCCCAUCUGGGACGACAGGGGAGCGAUGCGAAAUAAUUCAGCAUGAUUAUUACUUUAAUAGGAUGUCAAACUGCAGUGAGGUAAUAGAUAAAAACGACACAUUCAUCACGACACCAAACUAUCCCAAUUUUAUGCUGCCAGAUACUUGGUGCGUGUAUGAAAUCAAGGCGCCAGAAGGAAAGACCAUCAAAGUUACGUUCGAGGAAUUCAGCUUGGAGUCCUACUCCACCAGCCAAUGCUCCUUGGGUUCCCUUCGCCUCAUGGAGAAUCAAGAUGACAGCAUUGCAGACACGCUGGCUUGUGGGGAAUACUUUGAAGAUGGGGACAACUACGUAUCAAAAACCAACGAACUCAUUAUGUACCUGGACAUCUGGAGGAAUAGCAAGAGGUCGAAGGGCUUCAAGGCACACGUGAUCUUUCUGGGCACCAAAGAGAUCCCACAUUGGAUCUCAAGAGGGCACUCAAAUUUAGACCCCAGCGUUUUACUCCUCGUGGCUACGUCUCUCAUUUGGUCGAUGGUGAAAACAAUUGCCUUCCUCUGAUGGAGGCAAUUAAUUCUCACUGCUAUGUAAUUCAUUUAUGGUCACCUCUUUCCUGUGUUUGACUUUGUAAACUAUAGGUCUCUCUAUGUAUGUAAUUCCUCCUUUGGUUAUCUCUUUCCUUUCUUUGAUGGUGAAAAAAAAUUUCUCUCAAUUCCUUUAUUGUCAUCUUGUUCCUACAUUUGAUGGUGAAAAAAAACUUAUGUAAUUACCUCAUUCCUUUGCCUGAAGGUGAAAAGUGAACAAGUCUCUCUACGAUAACAAGGCGUGAUCCGACUUCCAGCUUAUUCGGGACGUGUGCAAGAUUUUCUCCUCUCACAUAAAUUGUAAACAUUAUAUUCCUAACUUUUAAUGUAAUCUGAAACAUGCUAAAAUCUAUGGCCUAAUGAAAAUUAAAAUAAAUACUCUAUAAUUUUAUUAUUACUAAUUUUUCUGUGCUGUUCAACAUGCACAUAUUUUAUUUUUUUACAUUUUCAUCCAAAUAAAUAAAUGAUAAAUAUCCUAUCCUAAAUUCCUGCCUCUUUAACUCAAUGCAAAACCACUUUUUCAGACCUUUUUUAGGCUCUCCCAUAGAGCUUUCCUAUUCAAUACCCCCCCCCCCCCCCAACAACAACAGUAGCUUGUAGACUUAUUACCUGAGUAAGCGACAAUCCUCUGUGGUUCUCUGGUUUCUUUGUCUGAAGGUGAAAGCAAAAGUUCUCAAAUUCCUCUGUGGACAUGAAUUCCGUUGUUUCUUCUUCUUCUUCUUCUUCUUCCCAGCUUUAACCCAUUUUUAAAUGGGGUCGUCGUUAUGAAUGAGUAGUCUCCAUCGAUUUCUGGCCUAUGCAUUGUUCUCGUUAAUACUUUUCCAUACCAUAUCUUCCCCUACACAAUCACGCCAUCUCUUUCUUGGUCUUCCCUUCUUCCUUCUAAACCCACCCUUCCAUUUACAUCGUAUGUCUUCCAACAUGAUGAUCCUCUCUCCGUAACAGGUGUCCAUACCAUCGAAGCCUUCCUUCCUGUAUUUUCUUCGAUAUUUCAACUACCUUUGUCGAUCCUCUUUUAUAUUCAUUUCUAAUCCUAUCUUCCCUUGUUACUCCCGACAUCCAUCGCAACAUUCUCAUUUCUGCUACAUCAUCUUCUUCUCCUCUGUUUUCCUCAUACUUGCUGUUGCUGUUCCACAUAAAAUUGCUGGUCUGACCACCGUCCUAUGAAACUUUCCCUUCAAUUUCAGCGGAACUUUCUUGUUACAGAGGACCCCUGAUGCAGACUUCCAGUUAUCCCAUCUUGCCUGAAUUCUAUGUCUCACCUUUUCAUUUCUCAAUGAUCACCCGUUUGACUCUCAUUUCUCAGUAGUCACCCGUUUUCCUUUCGUUUCUCAGUGGUCAUCCAUUUUCAUUUCAUUUAUCAAUGGUCACUCGUUUUCAUUUCAUUUCUGUGUGGUCACCCAUUUGACUCAUUUUUCAAUGGUCACCCAUUUUCAUUUCAUUUCUAAAUGGUCACUUGUUAUCUUUUCAUUUCUCAGUGAUAACCCAUUUUCAUUUCAGUUCUCAAUGGUCACCUGUUUUCAUUUCUUAAUGGUCACCAGUUUUCUUGUCAUUUCUCAAGUCACCCAUUUUCUUGUCAUUUCUCAAUGGUCACCCGUUUUCUUUCCUAAAUUUGUUUACAGUUCAGGGGCAACGAUAGUAAUCUUUUUAUUGAGAGCCAUCCGAAACUGGUAAAACUGGGAAUUAGAACGCUUUCUUAUUCCGGCUCCUUAUCUGCUUCGUAGCCUCUCAUCUCCCUUCUGGGAAUGUCCAGAAAAUAAAUUCUAAGGAAUUC